CCAACUUCCGGAAGUUAUGAACCACAUGCGAAGCUGAAGGGUUAUCCCGCGUUUCUGUCUGCAAUUUUGUGCAAGGUUCCUGACCAGAAAAAUUACCAGUAUGCCUGUCACCACAGUACCAGACCAAGUGAAGAAGAACAUCAGAGCGGUGCUCCUGUCCAAGGUGGGUGGGGUGUUGGUCAGUGACCUAAUUAAGGACUACAAAAGCCUCCUGAAGGAGCCCCUCCGAUUCAAAGACCUAGGUUUCUCCUCCAUCAAGGAAUUUGUCGACGCCAUCCCUGAUGUUUGUAGGUUGGAGUAUGAUGAGGGAAUCAUGGCACACAAGCUUUACGGCAUUGGAGACAAAUCGUCCUACAUGUCCCUCAGUCAGAAAAGAGCGGAAAAGUCCAAGCCAAGCAUGGGUUCUAAUUCAAGAAACAAUGGUAAUACAGGUGCUAGACGUGAAACCCGUGAAACGGACGCAGAGUUACUGCCCAACAGCAAGGGAUUGUUUACUCUGUGUUAUCCUAGGAACAAAGAGCCAAAGGGAUUCAGUGAAACGGACAUACAUCAGAAGUUUGAGGAGUUUGGAAACCUACAAGAAAUUCAUACCAUUCCAGGGCUGUUUUUCCUGCGGUUUUCGGAUAUUGACUCUGCACAGGCAGCCUUAGACUCAUACAGGGAAGAGUUGGAGCUUCGCCCAGCUUCAGAAAAAACCAAAAAUCGCAGCUACGUUAACAAAGACAGGGGAAAUAUGCAGGAGAAAACAUCAGCCAACAGAACUUCUCCUUCUACUUCUACCGAUGAUGCCCCUCCCACCUCAGCUACAGAUAACGUAGAAGUUUUUAUCGGAAACAUCCCUUUUGAGUCUGACCAUGAUGCUUUUAAGGAAGAUGUCCUUUCUCAAUACGGACCUUACGAAAUCCGAAUAAAAACUGGAAAAGGAAAUGAUAAUAGAAAAAUAUUUGCCUUUGUCAAAUUUUAUGGGAAGGACUAUGGAUCAGGGAGUAAGGGUCCCUCACCGAAUACCAUUAAAAGCCGAGUGGAGCAGCCAGAACCAGCUUUUGAUGAGGAAGAAGAGAAGUGGGACGAAGUUACAGAGAGUGAUGGCACCACCUCGGUGUGGGGGAAGAUACCACGCGAACCCAUCACAUCCCCAGCACCACCCCAACCCACUGAUAUAAUGAGUGAACAAAUCCUGCAGGACGAGAAACCUCCAGUGAGCACAAUGGAGGAGCUUCACAUUGACACAGGAUUCCAUGUUAAUACAGAUUUCAGCAUCGCAAAAGAGAAAACUAGUCCCGCUCUGUCUGUCCAGAGUCGCAGAAGUGGAGGAAGUCAAAGGUCAAGGUCAGAAUAUAUGUCACAGUCUAAAUCAGUCCUCAUGGGAACCAACCUUGAGCCCCUCCCAAAUAAGAAAUUUUCAGGAGGGUAUCCCAGGCCAGAUAAUAAAUUUGAUGACAUGCCAAGUCUGGAGCCAGCAGGAGGUGGGAUGUUUCCUCCACCACUGCAACCGGUCGGAAAUGGGAGAUACCCUGCUCCCCAUUGGCAGAACGGAGGGGAGAUGUAUCCCCCACCAUUACAACGAGCAGAGUAUGGGGCGUAUGGUCAUCCCCCACCCCUUCAAACUAAUCAGCAGGAACCACAGCUCUUUGUCAGUAAUUUUCCUUACGGAGAUAGUGACGAGGAGUUGCUGAACCUUUUCUCUCAGUAUGGUGCUUACGAUAUCCACAUGAUGAACAGGAAUGAUCCAAAAGUCAGCACUCGUGCCAUGAUUUACGUGUCCAACAUGGAAGAAGCAGACAGGGCCGUCAUGGAAUUAAAUCAGAUGAUCUACAAAGGGAGGCGACUCCUGGUGAACAUAUCCAAGUACCUUGGCAAUAACCCUGUCAAUUUCCUCUCGUCAUACCACGAAAUGGAGAAUAUCAAAUGUACUGUCACGUGUAAUGAAGGGAGAAAAGCAAAAGUGGAUAAACUUCCAGGACCAGGUGGUGACGGCCCGCGGUUACAUCAGCGCCACUCCAGCCAGUCGUCCGUAGCCUCCUCCCAGGACGAUGGUUCUUCCUCUUCCUCUGUGACCCGGAGCUGGCAUUCCAUGCUCCAGACGUACAAAAUCAUCAUGAACACCCUCCAUCUCAAACCCUACAACAUGCGACCCGAGACAAAAGAAAUCAUCAUCUACAUCACCUCUGUGUUUGAUCAGAAAAGCUUCUGGGGACAAAUCGUUGUAGAUGAGGACAGCCUUCAAGCAUUAACUGAGGUCAUGACAUCUCUUCAGGAGCCUGAACACAGAAUAGGGCCCACUAAAGGUCUGGGUCGAUGUGCUGCCCUGUAUAAGGAUGAAUGGUACAGAGCCUGGAUCAUAGGAGAGAAGUCUGCACAGAGACAGGUGGAUGUGUUCUUUGUGGAUUACGGAAACACGGAGAGUAUAGACAAAAGGAAGACCAGCCUCACAACUCCGUACAUCUGGGAGACCAAGCCCAUACUCCAGCCCUUUGUCAUCUCAGAGGGCUGUAAAGUAGACCUGAAGGACAGUGGAUUAGUGAGUGCAACAGUUGUCAAAUAUGGAGUGGAUGAAACAGGUUAUGCCGUGGAAGUGAACAUUGAUGGAUAUAUACAGUGAAGAGUUUUCUCCCUUCCAGCAGAACAUAAAUGCCAGGGUAAAGGGACUUAAAUCCUCUUUGAGUCGGUUAUUUUUCUAUUUUUAAAAAAAAAAAUUCAAUUGUUAACAGUGAAUUUUGCAAGAUUUAUAUACAUGUAUUAAUGUUGGCUUAUGUUAUUCUCCAAAUGCGGUGUACUGCAAACUGGAUAUACUGUAAAUCACUUUUUAUUCGCGAGAACUUUAUUUUCGCGUAAUUACGCGAGACAGUGUGCUCGCGAAAAUUAAAUUCUCGCUUAUAAAAGUAUUCCUUAAGAUUACAUAUAACAAUAACCACAAUUCGUGAAAAUUUUGUCUCGCUAAUCAAGAGUCAAUGACUAUCUCGCGAAAAUAAGGUGUCGCGAAAAUUUAGUGAUCUACAGUACACAAAUUACAAAUGAUUUAGAUUUGAAGGUACAUGUAAAAAUUUAUGUGCUAUAUUCAGCACAUAAAUUUCCACAUUUAAAGUGUUCUUUUUUUUCUAGAUGUGUAAAAUUUAGGGAAAAAAUCCUAAAAUUUUAAAAAUUUGAGAUUGGUUAUGUUUUGUAUCAAUUUUUUUAUAUGAAUUAAGAAAAUUUCUUUUUUUCUUAAUGUAAAAAAGGGUAUGCCCUUUUAAAAAGUCGUCAUUCAAGAAAUUGUUUGUUUUUUUUAAAUACUUAUACAGUUCCAAAUAUACAUGAAAAUGAAGACCGUCUUCUGCAGUUUUUGCUGAAUCUUGUUAUUAAUUCUUAGAGAUUGUGAGUCAAGCAAAAUAGCAGUGCGGGUAUUUUGUGAGUGUACUAUUUAUAAAAUGUUGAAGGCUAUAAUUUGAAUUUCUUGAAGCCUCUUUGGUUUAAUAAAAUAUUGUCUCAGAAAACCCUGUGAUAUAAUGCAAAAUCAAUUAUGAUCAUGAGGGCUUAAAUUUUGUUUUCAUGCAAAGAAGAGACCCAUAUAAAUUGUAUACUUCACAGAAAGUUUGAGUUACAAACUACAAUACAUGUAUAUUAAUGUUUCUUCGUUCUAGAAAUUAGAUUCUUUGAAACAACAUCAUUUCUUUAAUCCAUGUGAGUUGUACUUCCCUUAAAAUAAAGAUUUAGCAGUAUUUAGCACUGCAUUGACUGUUUUAUUACUUAUUAAGAAUUAUAUUAAUGUAUGAAGAAAAUACAUUGUCAGGUAAAUAUCUUGUUGAUGGAAGUUGUUGUCUAAAAAAAUAAUAAUAAAAGAGUCGCUUGUUCUCUCCUCAUGGGAUACCUUGUAAAUCAAGAUCUAUGGAAAUCUAGUUUGUUUAUCACUUUCUGUGAGACAAUUUUUUUAAUUGUGUUGUUGAAGUAUUCUUCAGUAUAUUUUAAUUUUUUGAUGAAAUGAACAUUUGGAUUUCUUCUAUUGUAGUAUGCAGUUCUGCAAACACAAGGUAUUUUUGCAAAACUUACAUGUAUUUCUGUUUUUGAGGUCACAGAUGGCUAUGCUGUUAUAUACUUUGUAAGUGUCUUAGAAUUUUAUUUUCUUCCUCAAAAGAAAAUAUCAAUUAUAAACUGUCAUUAUACAUAUAUUUGUGUUAGUUCUUCAGAGGUUCUUGAAGUUUAAUUUUGAAAAAAAAAAUUGUUUAAUACCUGUUUUUUGUCAGGACCAACAUGAAAUUAAUUUCCUUGCAAUUCCCUUUAAAACAUUUCCACAAAUUUUUGUACCAUAAUAAGAUGAAGUAAAUCGUAAAAUAAAAAAAUUACGUUGCAACAUAAAUAUUGAAUUGGGAGUGUUAAAACUGAUGUCGAGGGAUAAUUGCACGUUCUUCUACACAUGAUCUUGUUUGUUUCAGAUUAAAACUGGUUAUUUACAUAUUGACUAAAUUUAGAUGGUGAUUGUCUUAUGAAAAAAAAAAUUCUGGAUUUUGAAUUGUUCGUUUACAUUUAGUUUCUAAUUAAAUUGCUUAGCAUGUACUGCUGUUCAUGAAAAAAAAAACCGAAAAAAAAAAAAAAAGAAUUAUAAAGUCUUGUUGUUGGCCUUCAUGUUGCAGUCUGUUCCUCAAAUGUUGGCAAUGUCGCAUAAAAAAAAUUGAAUUUUGAUAAUUGUAUUCACAUACGUAUGUCAGAAAUGCAAUUGUAUUUUUAAAAAAAUUGUGUAUCUUUGUAUGUAUAGUUUUGAAGAACUAUUUAACCUUAAUAAUGUAAUUGGUUUAUAUAUAAACAUAUACUUGGAUUAAAAGUCUAGAAAAGAGAAAGGUACAAGUACUGAGUAUAUUGAUUCUCCUCUUUUUUGUGGUACAUAUGUAUGUUGCACUUUAUUGCUUCCUCAUCCUUUAAAAAAAAUUAAAAAUCUUGAAUGCAUUACUUUCUAUGCUUUAUGUCCGAAAAAUUAAUUUUAAUGGUUUUUUUUGGGGGGGGGGUCAGAUUGUCAGUGGUUUUUAUUUUUUGAAUCAAAAUAAUUUCAUGCUUUUUUUCCUUCAUCUUUUUCUAUAUGUUAAUGUUUAUGUGAAAUUAUUAUUAUUAAUUAUUGCACUAUCUUUAAAAAAUAUUUAUCUUUUGUGCUCAAUCCACCCUUGUUAUUUUGUUGGAUCCACUCCUGUCUUUCUUGGAAUGUUUAACCAUGACAUUGUACCACAAAUGAUUCCUCUUGUUUUCUUCCCCAUGAAGCUCAGAAAAGCUUAAGGGAGUUGGCCCACAUUGUAACAUUAAAACUGUGUUCAAUGUUCUUCAGUAUUUGAAUUUUCCAAAUAAAAAUAUCUUUUUUCUCA